AUGGACUCUAGGAACUUGGCAAUAGGAAUAAUAUUCUUAUUACAGACUACAGUGGGAACACUGGGAAACUUUUAUCUUCUUUUUGACAAUCUAGUGUUUCAUCAAAAUAAAAGAAAGUUAAAGCCUGUGGAUUUGAUUCUCAUGCACAUGUUUAUGGUCAAUUCCUUGAUUCUGCUUUUUAAAGGAUUGCCCAACACUCUGGCACUAUUUGAUUUGAAACAAUUUUUCAAUGAUUGGAGCUAUCAACUAUUUCUGUAUAUUCUUAGAGUUUUCAGGAGCAUGUCCAUUGCCACCACUUGCCUCUUGAGUGUCUUCCAGGCCAUCAUGAUCAGCCAUGAGAGAUCCUGCUGGAAAAAACUUAAAGUCAAGUCUCCAAGUAACACUGGCCUCUUCAUUUCUAUGUGUUGGAUCUUUUACAUCAUGGCAAAUGCCAUUUUUCCUGUGUACAUAUCUGUAAAAUUUAAUGAGAAAAACAUAACAACAGAGACAAAUUUUGAACACUAUUCUGUUGUUGGUCAUGACAAAACCACAGUCUCCUUAUAUAUAGCUUUCUUUGUGUUUCCAGAACUUUUAAUUUCUGUCCUCAUCACCUGGUCCAGCAGUUCUAUGAUUGUCAAUCUGUACAGGCACAAGCAGCGAGUCCAAUACAUCCACAACACUCAUGUUUCCCACAGAAGAUCCACUGAGUUGAGAGCCACCCACAGCAUCUUGGCUCUAGUGUCCAUAUUUCUGACGUUUUAUACCUUCUCUGCAAUCUUAUAUGUUUGUAUUGCUCUAGCCUAUGGUAGAAAUACAUUGUUGGUAAACAUCACAACAAUCUUAACUCUGUUUUUUCCCAGUUUUGGCCCCUUCAUUCUUAGAGCCAGGGCUUUAACCUGUCCAGUCCCUGCUUUCUAUGGAAAAAGGAUACAAAAUCCCUGA